AUGAAAAAAAAGGAUAGCAUGUAUCAUGCUCUGACUUAUGCUACCAUUCUGGAAAUUCAGGCCAUGUUGAUCUUUGACUCCAGGGACAUAUUGAAUGCUGGAAAUACAACACAAGAAGCUCAAGUUAUAUGUCAGAAGUUUCGGAAAAAGUCUUUGAUCGCAGACUCUUUCAACGCUUUAGUGUACAAACAGAAUCUUGAUCAAUUAACUGAAGAAGAAAUCCAUGCAGAAAUUUGUUAUGCUGAAUGCUUGCUUCAGAGAACUGCUCUUACAUUCCUCCAGGAUGAAAGCAUAAUUAGCUUUGUGAAAGGCAGCAUCAAAAUAAGAAAUAGUUAUCAAAUAUAUAGGGUCCUGGAGAAUCGAAUACAGUGCCCCAGUUAUGUUAAAGGAGAAAAUCAUCCCCAUUUUGAAGUCGGUGUAAAGUUGGGAGUUGGAGCAUUAAAUCUGACUCUAUCUAUGUUGCCAACAAGGAUUGCACGAUUACUGGAAUUUGUUGGGUUUUCUGGAAAUAAGAAAUAUGGCUUGCAGCAACUUCAAGAAGGAGCAUCAAUGUGUGGCUUUAGAUCUGUGCUAUGUAUUCUGCUACUGUUGUGCUGUCAUACCUUUCUGGCGUUUCUGCUCGGGAUGGGUAAAGGAAAUGCUGAAGAAGCAGAGAAACUUCUCAAAUCUUACCUGGCUCGAUAUCCAAAAGGUGCCAUAUUCCUGUUUUUUGCAGGGAGAAUAGAAACAAUGAGAGGCAAUAUUGAUGGGGCCAUCAGAAGGUUUGAGGAAUGUUGUGAAGCCCAGUAGCUUUGGAAACAGUUCCAUCAUAUGUGCUACUGGGCACUGAUGUGGUGCUUCACAUAUAAACACCAGUGGAAGAUGGCCUAUUUCUAUGCAGAUCUGCUUAGCAAAGAGAAUACCUGGUCAAAGGUGACUACUUAUGUAUUUAGGAAACCUGCCUAUCUCAGCAUGUUUAGAGCAAAAGAUUAUAAACCUUUUGGAGAUGAUGAAAUUGAGCUAUUUAGGGCUGUGCCUAGUUUGAAACUGAAAAAGGCAGGGAAAUCCUUGCCUACAGAAAAGUUUGCAAUUUGGAAAUCCCGGAGAUACCUUUCCCCAAAUGCUGUUCGACUUCCUGUGCCUGUUUUGGAAACGAUGUAUAUCUGGAAUGGUUAUGCAGUGAUUGGGAAGUGCCCAGAUUUAACUGAAAACAUGUUGGAGUCCUUAGCAGAUGCAGAAACAAUCCUGGAAAAAGGCCCAGCUACAGAUUUUCUUGUUGAUGACCAUUGCAUGAUAAAGCUUCUGAAAGGGCUAUGCUUAAAACAUUUGGGCAAGAUUUUGGAAGCAGAUCACUUUACUUAUAUUCACUUCAAUGAAAAGAAGAUCAAGUAUGAUCAUUACUUAAUUCCAAAUGCGCUGCUUGAACUUGCUUUAUUAUAUCUGGAUCAAGAUAAAAUAGAAGAAGCAGUUAAGAUCCUGGAAAGAGCAAAGCAAAAUUAUAAGAAUUAUUCCAUAGAAACAAGGACACACUUCAGAAUUCAAGCUGCUUUGCAUCAAGCCAAAUCUCUCCCAGAUGAUGAUGAUCAUUCUAUAGCAGUGGUCGGGGAACAGGGGUAA